AUGGGUGACAGUGGAGAGCCCAUGGGUGUACCGAAACAUUACAAUGUGUCCAAUGUGGACAAUGUGGACAAUGUAUCCAAUGUAGACAAUGUGUCCAAUGUAUCCAAUGCGGACAAUGUGGACGAUGUUUCCGAUGUGUCCAUUGUGUCCAAUGUAAACAAUGAUUGCAAUGUUUGCAACAUGUCCAAUGUGGCCAAUGUAUACAUUGGUAAUAGUUACAUCAACAGGAAAGGCAGAUUCUCUAUACAGUUACAAGUUAUCUGUAAAGAUGAUUUAUCCUUCAUACAUGUAUUUGCUGGAAUGCCAGGAUGUGUACAUGACAUGCGAGUGUUUCUUUAUUCUGGAGUGCAACAAUAUUGUACUCCGGAAUAUUUCCCUGAAGAUAGCCAUUUGUUAGGUGAUGCGGCAAACAGUAUACAAAAAAAUGUCAUGGUACCAUUCAACGAUAAUGGUCAUUUAACCAAAAAACAAAAAGAAUUUAAUCACUACUUGUCAUCAGCUAGAAUAACUGUAGAAAGGGCAAUUGCAUUAUUGAAAGGAAGAUGGCGUUAUUUAUUGGAUAAAUUGCCUAUGACGCGAACGGAUUUAAUUCCAUAUUAUAUAGUUAGUUGUGUAUUACACAACAUUUGUUUAUUAAAUUAUGGUACCAUUGAAAUUCCUAUUGUUAUACCUGACACAUUACACAUAAUGGAACCACUA